ACUCCGGGUGGUUGUCCCACUGCAAAUAAAGGGAGAUAACGGGCUCUUAGUAGCGGCUGAAAACUUUUUAUACUGACAUGUUAGAGCAAUGACUUUUGCGUAACGGUAAAACUGGGACUAGGCUCCCAGCAUGAUAUAGGGUCCUUACGAGAAGAGGAAUAAGGAAAGAUUGUCACGGCCUGGUGGGGGUAAAGAAAGCAGUGAAUCCGUUGAAGUUCAGAAAGAAAGAGCGAGCAAGAUUUCCGAAAGUUGAGAGUAAUACAGAAACACAGCGGCGGUGGAAGAGCUGGUGUACCCAUUUGAAAGAUGAGCUUGAUGUCUGCCAUAGACACCAGUGCCUCCGUGUACCAGCCUGCGCAGCUACUGAAUUGGGUCUAUCUCUCUUUGCAAGACACCCACCAAACUAGCGCUUUUGACGCCUUUAGACCCGAACCCAACUCGUCCCACCCGGAGUUGAACUACUCCAAGGCUCCCGCCGGGGACGUGAGCUCGUCCCUCAACUCCAAUUAUCUCAACAAUUUUUUUCAGCUCCAGCGGAAUGAGGCAUUGAAUAACAGGGUAUAUAAAAAUGUCUCGCCAUACGACUCGCUCAACAACAUUGUUGACGGACUCAACUCCUUGACGGACCACUUCUCCGACCUCUCCCUCUCCUCAGAGCCCCGCAAGCCCAGCAAAAGACCCCCGCCCAACUACCUAUGCCACCUCUGCUUCAACAAGGGCCACUACAUCAAAGACUGCCCCCAGGCACGGCCUAAAGGUGAGGGUCUAACUCCAUACCAGGGGAAGAAGAGGUGUUUCGGGGAGUACAAAUGUCCCAAGUGUAAGAGGAAGUGGAUGAGCGGUAACUCCUGGGCCAACAUGGGACAAGAAUGUAUCAAGUGCCAUAUCAACGUCUACCCACACAAGCAGCGUCCAUUGGAGAAGCCUGAUGGCCUGGACGUCUCAGACCAGAGUAAGGAGCACCCUCAGCACCUGUGUGAGAAAUGCAAAGUCCUGGGCUACUACUGCCGACGCGUGCAAUAACACCUUAACAUAUACUCCCUCCCCUUGCUUCAAUCCUCCCCUCCCUCUCAUCCAUCCAUCCUCCUUCUCCUCUCCCCAUCUCCAUCACCUGUUCCUCACCCCUUCCACUCCUCCUCCCCCUCCCUCUCAUCCAUCCAUCCUCCUUCUCCUCUCCCCAUCUCCAUCACCUGUUCCUCACCCCUUCCACUCCUCCUCCCCUCCCUCUCAUCCAUCCAUCCUCCUUCUCCUCUCCCCAUCUCCAUCACCUGUUCCUCAC